GAACGGGGAGGAAAUCCCAUCACCGAGUCGCCAGCCUGGACGUUCCCACCUCCUCCGACACUGUCGGGUCCGAUUGGAGAGGGGUCACCGCCUCCUCCGGCGGUGGAGAAGGGGGCGGAGCCCGGCUCAGGAUCAUGGAUUUUCCUGGACACUUUGAACAGAUCUUUCAGCAACUGAACUACCAGAGACUUCAUGGCCAGCUCUGUGAUUGCGUCAUUGUAGUGGGGAAUAGACAUUUUAAAGCCCACCGCUCUGUGCUGGCAGCAUGCAGCACGCAUUUCCGAGCCCUGUUCUCAGUGGCAGAGGGAGAUCAGACCAUGAACAUGAUCCAGCUGGAUAGCGAGGUGGUGACAGCGGAGGCCUUUGCCGCACUGAUUGACAUGAUGUAUACCUCCACCCUCAUGCUGGGGGAGAGCAAUGUUAUGGAUGUCUUAUUGGCAGCCUCUCACCUGCAUCUGAACUCUGUUGUUAAGGCAUGUAAACAUUACCUAACGACAAGGACGCUGCCCAUGUCUCCCCCCAGCGAGCGCGUUCAGGAGCAGAGUGCCCGCAUGCAGCGCUCCUUCAUGCUACAGCAGCUGGGACUCAGCAUCGUGAGCUCGGCCCUCCAUUCCAGCCAGAGCGGCGAGGAGCAGCCGGCACCUCUGAGCUCCUCGAUGUGCAGUACCCUGGACCAGCGGACGCCCUUCCCCAUGAGACGCCUUCAUAAGCGCAAGCAGUCUGCAGAGGAGCGAGCCCGACAGCGCCUUCGACCCUCCAUGGAUGAGUCUGCCAUUUCAGACGUUACCCCAGAAAAUGGACCAUCGGGGGUUCAUUCUCGGGAGGAGUUCUUUUCACCAGAUUCUCUGAAAAUUGUGGAUAACCCUAAGGCCGACGGCAUGACCGACAGCCAGGAAGACAAUACCAUCAUGUUUGACCCAUCUUUUGGUGCUCAGGAAGAUGCCCAGGUGCCUAGCCAGUCCGACAACAGUGCUGGCAACAUGGCACAGUUGUCCAUGGCCUCUCGGGCAACUCAGGUGGAGACUAGUUUUGAGCAGGAAGCUGCAGCUGAGAAAAGUGAUUUCCAGUGUGAAAAUCCUGAGGUCAGCCUUGGUGAGAAGGAGCACAUGAGAGUGGUGGUGAAAUCGGAGCCCCUGAGCUCUCCCGAGCCUCAGGAUGAAGUGAGCGAUGUGACCUCACAAGCAGAAGGCAGUGAGUCUGUGGAAGUGGAAGGAGUUGUGGUCAGUGCUAAGAUAGACCUCAGCCCUGAAAGCAGUGAUCGAAGUUUUUCAGAUCCCCAGUCUAGCACUGACAGGGUAGGUGACAUCCAUAUAUUGGAAGUCACAAAUAACCUAGAACAUAAGUCUACUUUCAGCAUUUCAAAUUUUCUUAACAAGGGCAGAGGCGGUAACUUUAGCACAAACCAGAACAAUGAUGAUAACAUCCCAAACACCACUAGCGACUGCAGGCUGGAGGGUGAUGCCUCUUAUUUGUUGAGUCCAGAGGCUGGGCCUGCAGGCGGGCCCUCCUCGGCCCCUGGCUCUCAUGUAGAGAACCCAUUUAGUGAGCCUACAGACUCGCAUUUUGUUAGACCUAUGCAGGAAGUGAUGGGUCUGCCGUGCGUGCAGACUUCAGGCUACCAAGGGGGAGAACAGUUUGGGAUGGAUUUUUCGAGGUCUGGUUUGGGCCUCCACUCCUCCUUCUCCAGGGUAAUGAUGGGCUCCCCAAGAGGAGGAGCCAGUAACUUUCCAUAUUACCGCCGCAUAGCUCCGAAAAUGCCAGUUGUAACUUCCGUCAGGAGCUCACAGAUCCCUGAAAACUCUGCCAGUUCCCAGUUAAUGAUGAAUGGGGCCACGUCCUCAUUUGAAAAUGGCCGCCCUUCCCAGCCUGGCCCUCCACAGUUGACCAGGGCCUCUGCUGACGUCCUGUCCAAGUGCAAGAAGGCCUUAUCAGAGCACAAUGUCUUGGUUGUAGAGGGUGCUCGCAAGUAUGCCUGCAAAAUCUGCUGCAAGACUUUUCUGACCUUGACAGAUUGCAAGAAGCAUAUCCGCGUUCACACAGGUGAAAAACCCUACGCCUGCUUAAAGUGUGGCAAGAGGUUUAGCCAGUCCAGCCACCUGUAUAAGCAUUCUAAGACAACCUGCCUCCGCUGGCAGAGCAGCAGUCUCCCGAGCACUUUGCUCUAACCCUGUCAUCUUGAGACAGUGCUGAUGCCAGUGGUAGGACUGCAACUAAAAUCUCUGUUGGUAGAUGGUUAAUGCCGUAGGGUUUGAGCUCCGGGCUGCAGUGUCUCUUGCAAAUUUCGACAACUGGUAUGUGGAGACUAAUAAACGUAGCGCCUGUGUUGCUACAUUUCCAAGUUAAGUACAGGACUUGGUAAAGGGAUGCAAUCCCUGAAACCAGGUUCUUGCUUAGGAUUGACUAAUGCAGUCAUAAAAUAGUUUGAAAUUGAUGUUGUUAAAAGUGGCACAUUUACAAAUUAAAAUCGAAGUGCAAAAAAUUUUUUUUAGCAAUUUUUGUAAAACUCUGUGAAGCAUUUAAUUAAAUUUGCUAUACCCUCUGAUAGGAAUAUUGUAUACCUGUACAGUGAUGCAAAACACACUUAUGUGUAACCAGUGGCAACUUCACGCCUGUCUAAAAGGAAAGCCCUUGAGGACAUGCCUGUCUGCCACAAAUGCUUUAAAUUGUAUCAUGAGCUAGUCUAGGCCUCAGAAAGUACUGUAUUUUUUAUUUUUGUCUGAUUUGCAGUCACAGACACUGCACUUUUAUGGUGCUGACACUGGGUCCAGAGUGAGCAUUCUCUUGGACUAUAAGGUGUAUAUACUUUUGAAUACAUCGCUGUUGGACAGAUGUUUUAACAAUUCUCCUGGAUUUAAAAACAAAGCUGUAAGUGGAGUACGUACUUUGAGGGAGUGACAAGUAAGGUAUCGUUUCUGUAAGUGCUGUUGUAGCAGUAUUUUAACAACCUGUAAGACAGACGUUAAGUUCCAUGUUUGGAAGUCAGAAAAAAAAGUGUUUGUCUUUGUUCUGAUGACGUGGAGUCAUGUUUUGUGGGAUCUUUCAUGGCACACUUACCCUUUGCUCCAGCUACAUGUUGGGGCCAGUCCCAUCUGACACAUCUCAGCCAAGGACCAGCCCGUUCUCUGCUUCUUCUCUUCACACUCCCACGCCCCAUAUGGCAUCUUUCCCAGACACUGUUUUAGUUAUAAACUAACCAAAAAGUGGAAACCCUGGUGGCAUAGUGGUUGUGCUACCACUGCUAACCAGAAAGUUGGCAGUUUGAAUCCACCAGGCGCUCCUUGGAAACUCGGUGGGGCAGUUCUGCCCUGUCCUAUAUAGGGUCACUAUGAGUCGGAAUCGACUCGACGGCAACGGGUUUGGUUUUUUGGUUUUAACAGUGCUAACCCCGCUUUGCCCUGGGUUUUAUUACUGACAUAUGCUUUGAUUUAAAAAUAUAGAUCCUAAACUUUUGUAGUUGUUGCUUCCCCAGUCCAAUACUGAAUGUUUAAAUUUAUUUGAAAUCUAAACGUAGCAGUGUUCAUGAAUAUUUUUAGCUCUGGAAGAGGGCUGACAGCCCAUGGCAUAGAAGUCACCAAGUAGCAUCCAAGACUGUUAGAAGUGGCAUUGGGUCAUUGCCCAGGUCCUCUCUGGGCCCCGCGGCCUCCCUUCCCCAGCCACAUCUUCCUGUCCCGAGACUGCCAUCAGAGCUGUUGGUGGCCCCCAUUCUGGGCUGAGCCUGGCUCCUGCACUUCCAGGGGAACAGCAUAGUUUAGUGCAGCUCAGUAGACUUAUGGAGUCAUAGUUUGAUUCAUGCACGAACGUGAGUUCAUUUUCUUUUUUCUUUAUACAGCCUUUGUAGAGACACCAAACCAUUGUGCAUAAUUCAGAGAAACCCUUCAGUUGGUGUGUUUAGAAGCUAGAUGUGUAUGUGUAGCCUAAAACAAAACUUAGUGUGUGCCCUCUCCUCCAACUGUAGCAUAUGCAGUUACACGUGUCUGUGGAUAAACCCAUAAUGCUCAUAGUGGGGCCUGGCUUCCCCUAAGAACUGCUUUCCAGGGAGGAAAACCAAAAGGGAAGCCUCCGUGAUUCCUCUCCUUUCAAGCAGACAUGGGCAAGAGGCCUGUGGAGGAUACGGGAUCACCUGUGAAACUCAGUUCCGUGUGUGGCUAAUUGUUAGUAAUCAUGUCCUGACUUGAUGUGAGCGGGCUACAUCUAAAAUGGUGGGGACCAGUGUUUUGUGAGGUGCUUCAUCUUGGAGACAGAUGGGUCAACAUGGAGAAUAAGAGAGGUCCUGCUUGGGCCCAGGGAGAGGAACCUGUGACAUCAGAAAGAACAGAGGGCGACCCUCCUUCCCUUCAUCCUCAUGAGGAGGUGUCAGAGCCUGCCCCUCAUCUUAGCCUGAGCUUAAGUGGACUUUGCUUUGGGGGUCUCUCUCACAGAGCUGCUGGAGCCCUGCCUGUCCACUGCUAGAUGGAACCUGGAAUCGCUCAUCUACCUCUUAGUCAGUUUCUACAUGUGAGAAGCAAGCUUGCAGCUAGUACCCUGGUACAUGCUGUAGCUCUUAAAACAUAAUUCAAAGGUUCACUGGAAAACCAGUCGCAGGGUUCCUAUGAUCCAUGGUUUGUACCUGAAUUAUAACUGGUAUUGGAUAACUGAAUUUUGAUUGGUUAGCCUUACUUAUAGCCUGGCAUAAUCAUGUAGACUCUUUUGUGGUGAUCAAAUCAUAAAGUUCUAUCAGGGCAUCCAUGUCAGUGGUGCUAUGCUGGUCAAAAUUUUGAAAUAAAAAGAUUGUCAUAUUCAUGCCUCUAUCUAAAUAUGUCUUCUUUUUCUUUGCUUAGGCUGUUAAGAUUGAACCCAAAAGGGAAAUAGCUGGCCCCACUUUGACCAGUACUUAUUUCCUUAACCAAACCUCCUAGAAAAUACUCUAAUGCUGUGAACUGAUUGAUUCCCCCUGCCUUCUCUGCACUCUUUUUGCCUUUGAGCUGUGCACAUGUGUAAGGUUGCAUUGUCAGCACACCCAGUUUUCAUCCUAGAGGGCUGGCUUAAUCUUGUGUUUUCUGCUGCUCUCUGUACCUGCCUCUCAGGUUUGAAAACUCCACUGUCAGUUUGGCCUGGCUGUUGGGGAAGCUGGAGCCUAAUGUCUUGGGCAUGGAGCAGGGCUUUGGCAAUGGCAAUGCUGGCAGACUGGCCUUAGGGAGGUGGUGAUUAGAAAAAGAUUAUCCAUCUGGGGAGUGGGGAUGGAGGAAGAAGUGGACAAAGGGAACAAAGUGUGUAGAUGCUGAAAUGAAUUUUAAAAUAAAAACUAAGAAACCCACGUAUCUCCAAUUAUUUUUGACAAAAAGAUAACAGAGUAUUGUGACCUCACCUAGUUCUCCUUCUUCCACUUAACUCUCCUUUGCUGUGUGUGCUCUUUAAUUUGUCUGCUGGUCUAGGUAUCAGAUUUAAGUGCCAGGGUUGCAGCUGGGCUGAGGUUGUCCCAUCUUCAGUGAGAGACAAAUGAAGGGAUUUGGGCAGAGAGGAUGAGGGAUAGGGUGGUUUGGACACGUUCUAAUAGUUAAAAUGCAAGGCAGUCACCUAAUGCCCCGAUUGAGAAAAGGUAAGCAGAUAUUCUUUUUGUUAGCUUCCCAGUUCCAGGCCGAGACAGUCUCUCAGA